CAGUGACGCAGACUCACCCAAGUUCAAGACGAGCACGGGCAGCACAAAGUGGGUGCCAGAGAAGAAUGUGGUGCAGUGGAACAUCAAGUCUUUCCCUGGUGGGAAGGAGUACAUGAUGCGGGCUCACUUCAGUUUACCCAGUGUGGACGGGGAAGAGUUGGAGGCGAAGAGACCGAUCACUGUGAACUUUGAGAUCCCAUAUUUCACUGUGUCUGGGAUUCAGGUGCGUUACCUGAAGAUCAUAGAGAAGAGCGGUUACCAGGCAUUACCAUGGGUGCGCUACAUCACACAAAGUGGAGGUGAGAACAAACACACUUAUAAACCUAAACAUCUAUGAACACACACACUUUUCGUUUCACAUACUUGACUGCUUUUAGGAUUCAUUUGUUUUCGUUUGUAAGACAUCAUAUGCUUAGUGAUUGUGCUGCUUAAAGUCUGAAGCCUGUUGUGACUCGUCUUGGAUCCAUAUUAUUCCUUGUAAACCUCAUUUCAAAGAAGUGUUUGUCUCAGGUAUUCCUUCUCGAGAUAGAAUCUCAACACACACCUUGUCUGCCUCAUCAUGACUAGGAUGAGGGUCUGAAACCGGUUUCUCUUUAGGAACCCAAUUCUGCAUUUUUCAAAGCACGUUUAAAUGAUAAACAAACCAUUUCCUUAUCAGUACGUGUUGCCGUCUUGUCUUCCUACUAAAUAAUAGAAAAGUAUGGUCAGUGUGGUAUCGAUAAGGACUAAACCAUCUGAAUUAAUUACUGAUGAACAUCCAGCACCCACAUCGUAUAGGAUCUUUUAUCCUCCAGUUUUUCUGUUUUGCUUCUUUCCCCGUCCCAAGUCCAAACCCGUUAGCAAGGCGGAGGUUACCAAGAGGUUAAAUAUGAUGUUUUCUGUGGGAGAGCAGCGUGAGGAUCAGUCUUUCUCAAACACUAUUCAGCCUGUGCCCUACGAGUGAACCCAGCUGUAUAACAUCCGUCAUAUCCAUUACUUUGGCUCUAUCACCAUGAGUUACAUCCUCAGGGGAUUCCAAUGAAACCCCACAGGAUGCCAAGGAUGGAAACUUUACUACCCUGUUAGCCUCUGUGUCUUACUUUUUCAAAUGUGAACUGGAGUGCUGUAAACUCAAGCACUGCUUUGUUUAGGAGUGCUAAUCUGUGUAUUUAGUUUUUUCUUUUUCUGGGAGUGAACCGUCCCGGAUCACGUCUGCCAAAGUCAAGGGCGACGAGCACAGAGGGAUGUUUGAAAGUUUGUGAGCUAACUACUUUUAUCAACCUCUCUAAUCUUAAAUUAAACACUGGAUAAUGUUGAAAUAAAGAAGAAAAGACAUCUCUGACUUAAACACUUGCUUGAUUUUAAGACCGAUAACACAUCAUUGCAUAUAAAAGUGACAGCAUAUCGAUGAGAGUGCGGUGAAAUCCGUCUCAAGCAGCCCACUACAUUCAAUGGGGGGGACAAAUGGAAAUGAUAUGGAGAUUGAAGUCUGGUAUCUCCACUGGACCGCUGCCAGAAAUCCUUAAGUUUUGUAACUGCAAACGCGCCCGAGGAAUGAACCUGACGCCGUAACAUCCAUCAUAUCCAUUACCUGGACGUGUCGGGAACGAGUCGUGGGGCUGCGGAGGUUUGAGCGAUGCCUAAAAGUGCCGGGGCGGCUCCCAGGGUGGCACUCAGGGAAUGCCAAGGUUACUAUCGCCUCGCUGUGAUAUCAGCAAGAGAGCAGAAGAAGGAAAGAGAGAGAGUAAGUAAGGGAAAAGUCAAUGCUACAGCAUAGAACAGUGUGGUAGAUAUUUGUUGGUUUCCCAAUCUCUCCUCGAGGUCAGUAACCUUUCGUCCUCGGUUUAGAAAAUCCUGAUUAUUAAGAUUAUAUUGAAGAUGUUCUAUUAAAUGAAGUGUUGAAUCACUCUGGCCAAGUGGGGUGACAACACGGUGACUAUGCUCGUGGUCGAGUUAUGAAAACUUUUGAAUUGUCAGUUUUGCAAAUUGAGUCUUUGGCAACACUUCUUAAAAAAAUAAAUAAAAAUAACUAAAAAAAAACAUGCAAAGGUGAGAUAGUGACAGUGAGUGAUGUGUUCCUCAUCACUAAGCAGCAGUCGGUACACCAGAGAAUGAAGGUGGAGAUAAGGCAACCUGCACCUGAUCUUCAAAUCUCUUUGGAUAAAGCAGCUAGUGUUAGCUCUAUUUUAAGGAAAAGAUGCUUACAGACGAUAUAAAACGUUUUCAAACACGUGAAAAUCCAAAGAGAAAGAAACAUGUUUGACGUUUAGAUGAAUGCAAAUUAUUGUCUAAUACAAUCGCUGCAAAAAACGCAGGGGUCAUCAAAGGCAACGAUUCAGAGAGCUAUACGUGAACCUUUGAAACAGCCUGACGCACAAAUAAAAAGGCCUUAGAAAGUAGCCUUGUAAGUGUUUGUACUGCAGUUCAACCAUGUGUAGAAAAAC